ACUGCCAACUGCUGAUGAUGUUAAGGACACAAUGGCAAGAUCACUUUUUGACACCCCUCCAUUUGACAAAACAUCUAGGAACAGCUUCAGGAACACGCUAGAAGGGUUUGAAAUUCCUGAUGAUUCCCGACACCUGAAUGCCUCGAUGCACAACCUGGUCCACAGAUACCUCAACGGCACAAUGUCUCUGGUACCCACUGCGGCCAAUGACCCCAUAUUCAUGCUGCAUCACAGCUUCGUUGACAAGCUUCUCGAGACGUGGUUACAGGACCAUAGUGAAGAGACCUACCCUGACAGUGAGCAGGUGCACCCAGCCCAGAGAGCACAGGCCUACAUGGCCCCCUUUCUCCCCCUACGAACCAACAAUUACUACUGGGGCAGGGACACCCAGAGCCUGGGUUACAGCUACAAGAAACAUAGCCUUCAUCACCCUGGAGCUGGGAAGAGUGUAACAAGACAGGAUGCAGGGUUUCUAGAGGAAUCUAAAGCAAGUGGGGUCCAGUGGCAGUGGCCUGUCCUGGGUGUAUUCAGUAUUGUAUUGCUCUGUGUCAGUGCUGGAGCUGCGAUUAAAUGCAAAGACAAAAUACGGCAAAGACUUCAAGACUCUGAAACAGCGGAGAAACAGACAGAGGUUGAUUACAGGUCCAACAAUCUGUAUGCAGUCUGGAUUAAAGAGAGGAAUGGGAACGCUGACAAAUCGUCAGCAGCCGAUGCUGCCUCUAGUGGGGCUUCACAAGAGACAGGCUUCCAUCAGAGGGGAGAAGAGGCAGCUGUAAAUGUGGAAAUACCCCUUUAGAUUCAAAAGGAUGGAGAGCAAAUCAUUUGCAGAGCAGAGAUGAUUGGCAGCUAUUUUAUGUCAGCACAACAUCUGAUUUCUGUUAGAUAA